GCGACACGUCACUGGGAGUGCAUUGCAUGAGCUAACGGUGUGAAACUCAAUUUAGAGCGAGUAAAAAUAUUUUCAGACUAAAUUGGAGUUUUUAAACUCUCGCUUUUGGUUAUAUUAAAAACGUAAAGCAUAUUUUUAUAGAGGUUUGGAUAAUUUAAAGAAACAGCGUCGCAGUUUGUUUGGUUCUUGCAGCAGCCUGACAUCUGGGAACUGAUUGACUUCUUUACAUAUCAAUUAUAGUUCUCUUGUUUGGGUUUCGGAGUUUGUUUUGACAUUAUAAAUAGCUUUUAGGUUUAGUUUUGGGUUUGAAGAUGAACGAAGAAGAACUGGUGGAGUACUUCAGGGCUCAGAUGAGCAAAGACCCAGACAUGGCUUCAGCUGUGGCAGCCAUCCGGACCCUGCUGGAGUUCCUCAAGAGAGACAAAGGUGAAACCAUCCUGGGCCUGAGGGAAAGCCUGACUUCAGCCACAGACUGCCUGAAGGGAGAGGACUCCUCUGUGGCCGUGUCCUCUGGAGGAGAGCUCUUCCUGCGCUUCAUAAGCCUGACGUCGCUGGAGCACGAGGAUUUGUCUCGUUGUAAGAAAGUAAUGGAGGAAAGAGGAGAACUAUUUCUGGAGAAGAUCUCCAUGUCCAGGACCAAAGUAGCUAAGCUCUGCCACACUUUCAUCAAAGAUGGAGCCAAAAUCCUGACCCAUUCAUACUCCAGAGUGGUCCUGAGAGUGUUGGAGAAAGCCGCCGCAGAGAAGAAGCGCUUCUCGGUCUUUGUGACCGAAUCGCAGCCUGACGCCACCGGACGGCAGAUGGCUGAAGCCCUAAAGAAACUGAACGUUCCAGUGACGGUAGUGCUGGAUGCAGCUGUAGGGUACGUGUUGGAGAAAGUGGAUCUGGUCAUCGUUGGUGCUGAGGGCGUCGUUGAGAGCGGAGGGAUCAUCAACAAGAUUGGCACCUAUCAAAUGGCUCUGUGCUCCAAAGCUCACAACAAGCCCUUCUACGUCGUGGCUGAAAGUUUUAAAUUUGUCCGCCUGUAUCCGCUAAACCAGCAGGAUGUGCCUGAUAAAUUUAAGUACAAGGCAGACACCCUGAAAAGCGGACAGAACCUGUUGGAGGAGCACCCCAUCAUCGACUACACGCCGCCAUCACUCAUCACCCUCCUCUUCACCGACCUGGGCGUCCUCACCCCGUCGGCGGUCAGCGACGAACUCAUUAAGCUGUAUUUAUAACUGUGCCUCAUUGUUCUCCUAA